AUGGCAACUCCGCGACAUGCCUUCCUCAUGUGGAUAGCACAGAACGAUAGAAUGCCAACUCGGGUAAGGCUCACAAGCUGGGGCCUUGGGUUAUCACCAAACUGCUGUCUUUGUGACUCCGCACCGGAGACUCGUGACCAUUUGCUCUUACGUUGUGAAGUAAGUGAACAGGUUUGGGUGCUGGUUUUGAGAAGGCUAGGGUAUACUCAUUCUGGCUUUAUCACUUGGACUUCUUUUAUUGAGUGGUUAUCUAUUAAGGAUUCCACUGCACCGCUGAUACUCAAAAGACUUGUGUCACACGCAACUAUUUACAGUAUCUGGGUGGAACGGAAUAAGCGUCUGCAUGACGGAAUCUCGACAUCUCCUCCAACGAUUUACAGGCUCAUUGAUCGCCACAUCAGAGACACAAUCUUGGGGAAACAUAACAGCAAGAAGAGCUUCAAAAACCUUAUGCUAUCAUGGCUAAGGAAUGACUAG